AUGGCGCUGCACUCAAUGCGGAAGACCCGUGGGUGCUGGGGCUUCAUCCGGGCACUUCACAAAGGACCCGAAGCGGCUCCCGCUCCCCAGAAAGAUGCCCUGCGACGAGUCUUCUCCGGCAUCCAGCCCACGGGGACCCCCCACCUCGGCAACUACCUGGGCGCCAUUGAGAGCUGGGUGGGCCUGCAGAAGGAGCCGGGGCCGGUGCUCUACAGCAUCGCCGACCUGCACUCCAUCACCGUCCCCCAGGACCCCGCCGUGCUGCGACAGAGCAUCUUGGACAUGACCGCUGCUCUCCUUGCCUGCGGCAUAAACCCGGAGAAGAGCAUCCUUUUCCAGCAGUCUCAGGUGGCUGAACACACACAAUUAAGUUGGAUCCUCACCUGCAUGGUCAGACUGCCCCGAUUACAACAUUUACACCAGUGGAAGGCAAAGACUGCCGACCAGAAGCACGGCGGAACCGUGGGGCUGCUCACAUACCCGGUGCUCCAGGCGGCUGACGUUCUGCUGUACAAGUCCACGCACGUUCCUGUCGGAGUGGAUCAAGUCCAGCACAUGGAGCUGGUUCAGGAUCUGGCGCGUGGGUUUAACAAGAAGUAUGGGGAGUUCUUCCCGGUGCCCAAGUCCAUUCUAACUUCGAUGAAGAAGGUAAAAUCCCUCCGUGAUCCUUCUGCCAAAAUGUCGAAAUCAGACCCGGACAGACUGGCCACGGUGAGAAUAACAGACAGCCCCGAGGAGAUCGUGCUGAAGUUCCGCAAGGCGGUGACGGACUUCACCUCGGAGGUCACCUUGGACCCGGCCCGCCCGGGCGUCUCCAACCUGGUUGCCAUUCACGCCGCGGUGACCGGGCUCCCGGCCGAGGAGCUGGUCCGCCGCAGCGCAGGGGUGGACACCGCUCGCUACAAGCUGCUGGUGGCAGAUGCUGUGAUAGAGAAAUUUGCUCCAAUCAAGAGUGAAAUUGAAAAACUGAAGACGGACAAGGGCCACUUAGAGAAGGUUUUACAAGCCGGGUCAGCAAAAGCCAAGGAAUUAGCGUAUCCCGUGUGCCAGGAGGUGAAGAAGCUGGUGGGGUUCCUGUAGGGAGCUUCAACUAGUCACAAAACGGCCUUUUCUGUCCUGCGGUCUGUGCGCCCCGAUAAAAAAAGGCAGCUUUCCACACAAGCCAAAAAUUGCAGUUUGGGGACAUUUCAUUUGGUGUACCCGAUAUUGGCUUCAAUUGAUGAAUAAUGCUUUGUGGCUUUCAGAUAGAGCAGUUUCUAAAUCCCAUCAGCAAAAGGCUGUGGCCAGGAAACCAGAACAAAAAACAGAGAAGGCAUAGCUUUCUGAAUCCUCAAUUUAAAAAAAAAAAAAAUUGUUUUUAUUGGU